AUGAGCUCCCUUGUCAACACCGCACUGGCUGCGGUCACAACCAAUGGCAAAGACAGCUUCUUAUAUUAUCAAAACGGGAAAGACAUCCUCGAAGCCCACUCUGAGUCGGGCUCCAGCUGGACAACCAAGGCUUCCACGGUUACCAGCAACGCUGCCCUCGGUGGCUCAGCUCUGACCGCAUACUAUGUUGAGCACGAUGGGGAUUUCGAAAAGAAGUCAACCAUUCAUGUCGUCUACCUUGAUUCCAGCGCUAAAGUUGCCGACAGAGUCAAGGUCCUUUCUAACGGGACCUGGACAGAUGGGAAGGUUGAUGGAAUUUCAGUAAACCCUACCUCGACCUCCCGGAUUACUGGUGGUUCAUUUAAUGGCUCCGACUGGAAUCCGGAUGGAUCCCAAUGGGUCUACUUCAAUACGCAGAGCGGCAAUAAGCUACAAACCACCGAGAUUCGCCGUGUCCCGAAGACUCCGUGGUAUACCGAAACAGUGUUGCCGGAGAGCGUUCUGGCACUCCCCGGCACCGACCUGGCAAGCAGUAUCGUGAAGGGGACCAUUGACCUGUACUACCAGGACCAUGAAGGAAAUAUCAAUCACUGGGUCAGUCAGGAUAACACAUGGCAUGACAAGAAGACCCUUGUCCCAGCAAGUGAAGUGGGAAAUAGUACUCCCCUUGCUGCAGUGAAUGAUGGCAAGAAACAUGUCUUCUUUGCAGACAGGAGCAGCCCCUCCAAAAUCAAACACCGUGUGGACGACAAGACCGUUGAGGUUGCACCCUUUUACCCCGGAACACGCUUCAGUGCUGUUUCUGUCAAUGGCAAAUUGACUCUGUUUUACAAGAAAUUGAACCCCGUCGGCGCCAUUGCAGCCCAGGUUUAUGAUGGCAGCUCGUGGAAGGAUGGAGGCAUUGUCGUCCCUGCUUGA